UUGGCAACGGCUCAACGAGUGGAAGAGCAACAAAUUAGCGCAUUUUAUGCUGCCACUAUGACAACUAUUGCUAUCAGCAACAAAAGAAUGCUUAUAAGCUUUUGGAGUGCAGCACAAAUCUCUAUUCAGUUGACGCCUAGCAAAACGACGACGACGACGACGACAGAAACCGGCAACAACUGGCGUUUGCAAAACAACGAACGCCAUGUCCGCCCAGUCGCCAGCAGCCGACGUGUAUGCCGCCGUGUGCGUUUUGUGGAGCGCAUCGUUGGCGCUUUGCUUAUAAGUGGCCGGCACAUUGGUGAGAAUACUUCAGAUAGGCAGCACCUGAACGCGGUGUUGGUUGUUUAUUUAACGCGCCGAUGAAAUAGCAAAGUUACAAAAGUUGAUAAACGCAACGCAUAAAACGGGAGCGGUCAGUGCGGGCAACCCAACUACUUGAGGAAAAUACACUAAAACUUGUUUGGUCUAUAACUUGUGAAUGUUGCCGAAAUUGUGCAUUUAAUUAUAAAAAGAAAACGUGAAACACAGUUUUAAUUUCAUCGUUUCCGUUGUUGUUGUUGCGGGAGUUGAGAGCGUAA